AUGCAUGUGAUUCGUUGUUGCCGCCUACGUUCACUCCCCUCCGUCGCACAUGCGACUAUUCUCCCGUCAAUGUCGCACACUUCCCGCGAUCGCCAUAGCGCACUCCCCCUCAUCACCUUCGCGCACUCCCCUCCCUCGCCUUCGCGCACUCCCCUCCCUCGCCUUCGCGCACUCUCUCUCGUCGCCUUCGCGCACUCCCCUCCCAUCGCCUUCGCGCACUCCCCUCCCGUCGCCUUCGCACACUCCCUGCCCGUCGCCUUCGCGCACUCCCCUCCAAAGAGGAUGAUCACUCCCUCCCGUCGCCCACGCUUCCUUCCUGACGCACGAUCACGCUCCCUCCCCUCCCGUCGCCUUCGUGCGACGCCUCUUUCGCCCCUCCUCACUCUCUUCCGUCGCCCACGCUCACUCCCCUCCCGUCGCCCACGCUCACUCCCCUCCCGUCGCCCAUGCUCACUCCCCUUACGUCAUACCUCCUUUCCCCAUCCCGUCAUUCCCUCUCCCUCCGUUCCCUAUCCUUCCAUUCCCCAUGCCUACUUUCACCAUUCCACCAUACCCCAUCCCACGACCUUCCCGUCAUCUCCACCCGGGUACAACCUAAAUCUCCGCCUCGCCCGAUCUCCGCCUCACCCCAUCUCCUCCUCACCCCAUCUCCUCCUCACCCCAUCUCCUCCUCACCCCAUCUCCUCCUCACCCCAUCUCCUCCUCACCCCAUCUCCUCCUCACCCCAUCUCCUCCUCACCCCAUCUCCUCCUCACCCCAUCUCCUCCUCACCCCAUCUCCUCCUCACCCCAUCUUCUCCUCACCCCAUCUCCUCCUCACCCCAUCUCCUCCUCACCCCAUCUCCUCCUCACCCCAUCUUCUCCUCACCCCAUCUCCUCCUAUACACAUCCGCUUCUUUCCCCUUCCCUCGUCACCGCGUCCCCUCCUCUCCCCAUCCCCUCCUCUCACCAUCCCCUCUUCUCCCCACCCCCUCCCGUCCUCUUCCCAUCCGCCCAUCCCACCUCACCACUUCCCUCCUCUUCCCAUCCAUCCUCUCCUCAUCCCUCCCCAUCCGUCCUUUCCCCAUCCGAUCCUCUCACCCUCCCCUCCAGGUGUUUCCCACACCGCCCUCGGCCCAGCGGCACCUCUUCAUCCCUUGUGCUUUUCUGCACCAGGGAGCUGCUUGGGGCGCUGUGGGCGGAUGGCGGUGGGCAGAGUCACGCAGUAGAGGCAGACGUGGUGCUGCUUGUCCUCCCCUUCCCCCGUCCUCCCAACCUCUCUUCCUCCCUUCAUCAAUUCCUCCCACCCUGCAUUCCUCCCGAGUGA